AAUUCCUCAUCUCCAGUGGAGUCUAUGGAUUGUAUGGAUACAAUGGAAGAACAGAGAGUUCAUAGCCCUCCAGCAUCCUUAGUUCCCAGAAUCCAUGUGAUCCUGGCACAGAAACUUCAACACAUAAAUCCGUUGUUGCCUGCUUGCCUUAAUGAAGAAGAAAGCAAGAGCUUUGUUUCUAGUUUUAUGUCUGAACUAUCACCAGUUAGAGCAGAGCUUCUUGGCUUCCUCACUCAUGCCUUUUUGGGAGACAGCUUGGCUGCCGAAUAUGUUAUAUUACACCUCAUUUCCACAGUCUAUGCAAGAAGAGACGUUCUUCCUCUAGGAAAAUUCACCCUGAAUUUAAGUGGCUGUCCAAGAAACAGUGUCUUCACAGAGCAUGUAUACCGUAUUAUUCAGCAGCUUGUUCCUGCAUCAUAUCGCUUGCAAAUGACCAUAGAAAACAUGAACUGCUUAAAGUUUAACCCACACAAGGACUACACAGCUAAUCGUUUAGUCAGUGGAGUACUACAGCUGGCAAACAAUACCUCUUUUGUCAUAGAUGAAACCCUGCUGGAGCAAGGACAGCUUGACACAAAAGGUAUACACAAUGUGAAAGCACUGGGCCACCUGAUAACUUGGCAAAAGGUGGAUUAUGACUUCAGUUACCAUCAGAUGGAAUUCCCAUGCAACAUUAAUGUCUUUAUCACCUCAGAGGGCAGAUCACUCCUCCCGUCAGAUUGCCAAGUCCAUCUACAGCCAGAGCUCCUUCCCCCUAAUAUGGAGGAGCACAUGAACAGCCUUCUCACAGCCGUGCUGCCAUCAAUCCUCAACAAGUUCCGCAUCUAUCUAAGCUUGUUGAGACUGCUGGAUUAUAGCAUAUCAGAUGAAGUCACAAAGGCAGUAGAAGAUGAUUUUGUAGAAAUGCGUAAAAAUGAUCCUGAGAGUAUAACAGCUGAUGAUCUUCAUAGGACUCUGCUGGUAGCAAGGUUCCUUUCUCUCAGUGCUGGGCAGACAACACUAUCAAGAGAGAGGUGGCUAAGAGCAAAGCAGUUGGAGGCACUACGUAAAGCUAGAUUACAGCAGCAAAAAUCUGUAAAUGGAAAUGAACUCUAGGACUACAGUACCCAUGUUGCUUACAAGACUGUAAACCUGCCUAAUAUUUGUAGAACUGAUAUGAACAGAGCUUAUGUUUAUACUGGGUUUUGUAGAUAAUUUAUAUCAAAGUUAUGGCUGUAUUCUCAAAUGAACCCAAUUUAUGGUGUUCAGCAGAUUAACACUGAUAAAUUUUGGAGCUUGUUUUGUAACCGAACUAGCAACUAUGGAAAAUCUGUUUGAUAUUAAAGAUUUACUAUAAAAAUGAUGUCACACUUUUACUAAGAAUGAUUAUUAUAACAGAUAAACAUUUUAUGGCAUUAAUACACAUAACAGAUUUUAGUGGGGUUGGUCUUAAAGUUCCACUAGAAAGUACAAUUAGUUGAAAAUGGCUCCUCCACUUACAAUUGGUUCCGUAAAAGAUCAGUACUUUUCAUCAAGUUUAGCUGUGUGAAUAUGUCCUAAACAUUUAUACAUUUAGUAAUUACUAUUUACCCUGAAUGUAAACGUGUAAAAUCAGUGUAGAGUUACCUGUGUCAUCUUUGUCAUCUUUAAGAAUAUCAAAAUGGAGGUUGUAUUUAAUGUGUAUGUUAUACCUACUGAUGUCAGCAUUGCUAGUUAACAGUUUAAAGUGCUGGGAUAACAUUUAA